UAAGUGAAGGCGAAGGCUAGAAUUCUCUGUGGCCUUGCCUCAUCCCGGACGACCUCUUGGACCACUCUUUUGCGUGUGUACCAUGGCGAUAGAAGAAAAGCAGGUAGCAUUUUUGUGUCUCUUUGCCUUUGGUGCCGGUGUGUUUGUUGGGUACAAAAUAAAAUCCCAACGAAUGAAGUAUCUACAAUGGAAACGAGAUCGACUCAUUAAUAAACUAAACGCAACAACGCAACAAAUAAACCUGGAAACCCGAAGUUGAAUUACUGACAUACACAGACUUCCUGUUUACCUUCCCGUCAUGCAUUUCGGAAAACGCAUGGUGCACAGUGAGCUGUCAGUUGUGUAUUGAACGGGUUGCUGUGUUGAAAUGGAGAUUGUUUUGUAGUGUAUUCGAAAUUUGGACCCUUAUCCUGACAUUUUCUGUAUUUCUAACCUCCUGUGUUCAUCAUGUCGGAAUUUGAAGGUAUUGGGCUCGACGAGUGGCUGAUUGCUCAGUGUAAAGCUAUGGGCAUUUCUAAGCCAUCUCCCAUUCAGAAACACUGUAUUCCACCUAUUCUCGAAGGACAGAAUUGUGUUGGUUGUGCCAAGACAGGUAGUGGUAAAACAGCAGCGUUUGCCCUUCCAAUUCUGCAGAAGUUAUCUGAAGAUAGAUAUGGCCCCUAUGCACUUGUUCUUACUCCGACCAGAGAACUUGCUUUCCAGAUUGCAGAUCAAUUCAAAGUUCUGGGCAAAGAACUGAACAUCAAUGUGACUGUGAUUACAGGUGGUAUGGAUAUGGUACGGCAAGGAAAGGAUUUGAACGUGAAACCACAUAUUGUAGUUUCAACACCUGGACGACUUGCUGAUCAUUAUGAAAGUUGUGAUACUUUUAGUUUGAAGAAAAUCAAGUUUCUUGUUCUUGAUGAGGCUGAUCGUUUAUUGGAAGACACUGGUUUUGCUGAACAGUUGGAGAUUAUAUUCAAAAAGCUUCCUAAAAAGAGACAAACACUUCUCUUCAGUGCAACAAUGACUCCAGCCAUCAGACAACUUCAAGAGUCUUCAGAAGAAAAAGUGUUUUCCUGGUCUCAGUCAGCUGAUGUUAUGACUGUUGAUGAACUUGACCAGCGUUAUGUUCUCAUGAAUGCAGAUGUCAAGGACGCUUACCUCAUGCACAUUUUGGAAAAAUACACGACGGAACGGCCCAAGAGUUCAAUUAUAAUUUUCACUAGCACAUGUAAAUAUGCCCAAAUUUUAGCAAUGAUGUGUGAAGAUCUUGGGUUUCCUUGUGUUUCACUUCACUCUAUGUUACCACAGAAAUUCCGUCUUUCAGGAUUGACAAAGUUCAAGUCAGAUCAGGUUAAGGUUUUGAUAGCGACUGAUGUGGCGAGUCGAGGUUUAGACAUACCAACAGUGGAUUUGAUCAUCAAUCACAAUGUGCCAAACAGACCUAGGGAUUAUGUUCACCGUGUAGGUCGCACUGCUCGUGCUGGGCGUGGGGGUAUGGCUAUUACUUUAGUGACCCAGUUUGAUGUUCAUCUUACAAAGUCUGUUGAGUCUUACAUCAACACAAAAUUGAUUGAACAUGCCACAGAUGAAAGUGAAGUUAUGAAAAUUUUGACUGAAGUUGCUGUGUCCAGAAGAGAAGCUGAAAUUAGGUUGGAUGAGAGAGACUUUGGGGAAAAAAGAGAGAUUAAUAAGAGGAAAAAACUUAUACUUGAGGGAAUAGAUCCUGAAAAGGAGGAAGAAGAAAGGCAGGCUAAGAAAGCAAAGAGGAAAGAUGGGAAAUCAAAAGAAGAGAAAGAUGCUGAAAAAAGAGAAAGAAAAGAGAAAUUUAAGAAUAGAUUUUCCAAGAAAAAGAAAGCAG